AUGGUCUUGGGUGGGAGGAUUUCCGUAGCAACCUUGUUGCUGUCGCUUCCGGCGACAGCAUCAGGGUUCCUCAUUCCGUCGUUCUGCCGCGGAUGCACAGCAGUUCGAGCUUGGUCUUCAGCAGCAGCGGAUCGACCUCCCUCUGCGGGUGCGGCGCGACGAAGGAGUCGACUGCCCUUGAAAAAGGAGGACCUCCCGGACGAGACGCUUCGGCAGAUGGCGGAUGCUGGGAGAGCGCUCAAGGAGCUCGAGGAAGAGUACUGGAAGUCCCUCGACGCCGACGAGAUCGCUAUCGAGAAAAAGUGCGCGGCGGGUCUCGCGUGCCUGAAGGCUGGGAUGCUCGAGAAGGGCUGCGAGUACUACACUGCCGCAGCCGAUUUAAGCCCACCGUCCUCGCGCACUUGGCCAUUGGGAGUAGUUCUCUAUUACCUCGGGCGAUACGAAGAAGCAGCAGUAAGGCUGGACACAGACAUCAGAUCCUUCGAGAAGCAGUUCGAGGAAUGCGCAACGGACGAACGAAUCUGGCAGGCGGCGGCAUGGAUUCGAGGAGCACGGGAGGCAGGGGCAGACGUGGAGCAGGUCGCGGCGGCCUUGCCCCCGCUCCCAAUUUCGGAGCCGAACGCGCUCCGCAGGACCGUGUACAACAUGUUUCGCGGGGGAGCAACCCCUGAAGACGUCCAACAGGUUGCCAAAUUGGGCGCUGGCGGAAUCGACUACUUCGGCGUGGAUUUUUUCUCCGAGGUGUUCUUGGGGCUUUAUCACGAUGCGCACGGGAACGAGUUCGAAGCGGAGACGUACAUCCUGGCGGCGUGCGGAAACACGUACCCUAAUCCCGACGACCUGUGGUACCACACGCCCAGGAUACAUGCCAAGGCUCGAAAGUGGACGAUUCCAGGGUAGCAAGCACUAUAGGCGUAGAACAUAGCUUUUAGUACAUUGUUUAGUCUCUGUGGGGUGGCAGCUUUCCUGAUCAAGAAAAUGUCGCCGAACUAGAUGAUUCUCUUUGUUUGCGGUUGAAUGUGCGCCAAGUUUGUUUGCCUGAGGCCCGGAGUGACUGACACAGGCACAGAGAGAUUUUGCCAGGCAAAGUGCAUUGUAAUGUUGAUGAUAUC